UGUAUCCACAUAGCUAAUUGCAACACUCGAGUACUAGUGUAGAAUGUUAAAUGUGUGAAACGAAAUAAGAGAAAAAUGAACAGUGUAGCUGUUGUGUUUCAUUUAGCCAUUGCAGUGCACUUAGUUUUAGGAGAUGAUAGUAUAACGGCGGCGCCGUCGUCGGGAAACAAUAAUGAAUAUCCCGUCGGUGAUCCACGAAGAUGUACUUCAAAAAAGAGUGAUCGAGUCUUGCGGUUUGAGGUGCUACCCGGCGGUGGGUGGGAUAAUCUACGGAAUCGAGAAAUGGGCAUACUAACAAACUAUAACUAUUCGCAAUGCAGAACGACAGAAGACGGCAAGUUUCUUAUUCCCGACGGAAUUUUCACCAUCCCGAUAAAAAGCAGUAAAGUAGAAACGUAUGCGGAAUUGAUUACACAUUGGGAUAACUUCACAAGUACCUUAUCCCGCGGGGUCAAUGUGCACGCCGGGCUUCACUUCUCUCACGUGGGUAUCAGCGGGAAGUUUUCCGACGAAUAUGAGAGCGUGAAAUCCACGCAACAUUUUGAUAAAUCCAUGACAACCAGAGUUCAGGUCCGUUAUGUACAGUACACUGCAAAGCUCGAACCUGAUACCAAGAUCAACGAUGUGUUCCGGGCACGUCUGCGAACGAUAGCCGCUCAUAUAACGCUGAACCGCACAGAUCUCGCCCGUUACGAGAGUCAACUUUUAGUACGAGACUUUGGAACCCACGUGAUCACUAGCAUAGAUGUUGGAGCUGCUUUAGUUCAACUAGACGAAGUUACCGCUACGUUUGUAAAGAAAUACGAAUCUCAGAAGCAACAGAUCCUAGCAUCGGCAAGCGCCAGUUUCUUUGGAAUAUUCGACUUUGGCGGCGGCUAUUCACAAUCAACUUCGAAAACAAUGAUAGACGAAUACCGCAAACAACGAACAACCUCAAAGAUUAUGACAUUUGGCGGUCCAGUAUUCAAGCCGAAUAAUUUCACUGCAAACAAUUGGUCAAGUUCCAUAUAUAACGACAUGGUGGCCCUUGAUAGAAGCGGAGAUCCUAUAUAUUACCAAAUCACGCACGUCAACCUUCCCGAUGUACCACAGUCAAUUGUUUAUGACGUAUACGAUUACGUCAAAGACGCUGUGCAUCUGUAUUACGAGCACAACACGCAUAGAGGCUGCACGAACGAAGAGUCUCCAAACUUUAGUUUCCAGGCCAAUGUUGACGAUGACACGUGUGUUGCACCUAAAACAAAUUUCACAUUCGGUGGUGUCUAUCAGUCUUGUACAGGGGGUGGCUAUACUAACCUCUGCGCGGGAAUGACACAGAAAAAUCCACAGACCGGUGACUUCAGCUGUCCGGAUGGUUAUGAGUCAGUGCCUCUUAAACAAGGGGCAAAGAACUCUCAGCGACAACGCAGAUCAUGUCACAGCUGCUGGUUGCUUUUCCAUUGCUGCGAUACUGUUACCGACACCGCCCAUGCUAGCUAUUCUGCCUUCUGGUGCGCCGCAACUGGACAAGUUAAAGAUAACAGUGGCUUUCUUUUUGGAGGACUGUUUACCUCAAAAAUGUCAAAUCCACUUACACAAAGUAUGAGUUGCCCGCCUGAGUUCUAUCCCCUUAAACUUCUUGAUACUCUUACAAUUUGUGUAAGCGAUGAUUAUGAGUUAGGAUAUCGAUACUCCCUCCCAUUUGCCGGGUUUUAUAGCUGCAAAGCGGGAAACCCAUUGGCAUUGAAAGAGCAAAGUGAUCUGCUUCAAAGUAGUGGUAGAACAAGUAUGAUGAUGACGUAUAUGAAAAAACAAGGAGUGACGUCAUAUCCGCAUUCUUGUCCUAAAGGUUACAGUCAACAUUUGGCGAUUGUAGAUGAGGGAUGUAGUAUCAACUAUUGUAUAAAGACAGGAGCUCUCUCUGCACAGGGCCUACCAAAGGUCCAGAGACCACCGUUCAUGGACGCACCAAAAGACGGCUUCACUACGAUAGAUUCCGAUAGUGUCGUUAUAAGUAGUGACGGAGAGCUUUGGACAAGUAUGGAAGAUGCUGACGUAAUGGUUCCAAAAUUCAUGGCACAGCAUGGUAUGGUGCAACCAAGUACUGAAGCGCCUGUUGGCACAGCUCAGUAUAAUUCAGACAGCAACAGAACGAAGAGAGGCCUUUCUGGUGGCGGUAUUGCGGCCAUAUCUAUUUCGGCUACGCUCGCUUGCGUUUUGAUAGGAACGGUGAUAGUCAUAACGAUAAGGAGAAGGCGAAACCGCGGUGGUCUUUACAGAGAGUCUGAUCCUUGGGCCGGGGAAGGAAGAAACAUCAAUCCGCGCUCUACUCGCAAUUACAGCAAUAUGGAAGACAACACCCCGACUGUAUCAACACGCACGUAGAUAAAAUGGGGGAAUAUAAACUUUUCUUCGAUUAAGUGUUAUCUUUAUGAGAUUAAGGAAUAGACUCGUCGAUGUGAUUUUGUGUAAAUCUCUGACUAGCAAAAUUGUUUUGACUCAUAAAACACGUGCUAUGUAUCGCAUGACAAUUAACUUCCCUUUCACAAGGAAAUUUAAGAUUACUUUAAACUGAAAGCAUACUUUUUCAAUACUUAAUGGCUGUCAAGAAGUAGGAUAUUUCAUCACUUACUUGCUGUCUAUGCUAUCUUUAGGCGAUAAUAUAUAGGAUUAAUCAUUAUUUUCUUCCCUAUAAGGUCUUGUACUUGUCGCACAUAUAUCUUAAUACCUUAGAAAUAACUUUAAAGACACACUGUGCCUCAGAAACGACUAACGUUCUAUUAAGCGUUCAAAUUAAUAGUUUUAGAGCAUGUAAGAUGCUCGUCGUAUUGCAAAUGUAUUUAUCAUAAAAGUAACGAAAUUGUAAAUAAAGUAACAUUUUGAGAUGCAUACAAAAUGCUUAAAUAUAAAAACUGUACGUAUUGCUAAACAGCAACACAAGUAAGCGUGCAUGGUUAAGUAACAUUUUGGACACUGUAACGGUACAUAACAAGAAAUAUCUUUAGAAAAGAUACUUGGCCGAAGUAAAUCUGUUUUACUAGCAAAAUUAUUUGCAUGUAGAAAUGAUAGAAUUGUCUCCUUAAUGAUGAAAUAAUUAUUACUUGUGCAAAUUCAAAGUUGUGGUGAGAAUUCAGUAGGGCUAUGUUACAACCAGUUGUGAACGGCUUGUCCAAAAAAGAACUGUAUUAUAAGUUGAUGUAUUAAGCUAGGUAAUAUUUCCCCUCUACGACGAAGAAGCGAUAUUUCGACCCAGAAUAAAAAGUUAUCUAGAAUCUACCAGUAGUUUUGCAUGUUGAAAUAUUUUGACUUUUCAGAGGUUCUGAAUCACUCCAGUCAACUUAUCUUUAUGAGUAAAACCAGUUUUUCAUGGAUGUAUUUAUCUCAAUGGUCAUCUGUCCUUGAUAUAGCUUUAUGUUUGAAAACAAAUGCAUUUUUUCUUGUCUGAUUUAUUAUCAUAUUGUAUUUUUCUGUAAUCAUGAUCACGUGGUAUGAAAAAAAUUGUAUUGUAAAUAUAUUUCCAUGACGGUUUGUUAUGUACAAGUCUAAAAUAAAAGUUUUGUUGAAUAAAAUUAGAAUUCUUAAUCACGCCAUAAAGAGAUUUUUGCAAAUAGCAGAUUCAAAUAUGUCUGUUAUUUAGAGUAUACAUAAGACUACUAAUAUAUACCAAAUUACAAAACAUUAUUUAAGUUAUCUUAUUUCGGGUCAAAAAGUCUAAAACUUAAAUUUUGAAAUGCUUUCAAAGAUGAAGUGAAUCACUUAAAAAGAAAAAAAAUCUGCAAAGAAUAAAAUAAAUCUGCCGAGAUUGAACUCGAAAAUCGUUUUUUUGCGAUUCUUAGUCCGCUUGAGUGAAAAAGGUUGCAAAGCUUUUCAUUUUAAGUUUUUUACACAGUUAAAAUGAUGAUUCUAGAAGAAAGAAAUUAGGAUUCAUCUGAAAUUUAUUGGUCUAGACCUUCAUAAAAUGGUUAACUCGGAAAACUAUUACUUAGCCACGUCAUGUAAAAGAAAACAUCAGCGGAGUUCAUUUAAAGUCUUUAAAUAUUUCCGGUCCUGCGCCAAACCUGUUGUACUGGAAGAAACAAUAAAAAUUGAAAACUCA